CUCACCCACACCCCUCGACCUAGCCUCCACACACGAGACCACCUCUUCCACGCACUACUAAAGCAGCAGCAACAUGCCGGUCAAUGUAGCCAUCAACGGUUUCGGUCGCAUCGGGAGGCUGGUGAUGCGAGCCGCCAAGAACAACAAGAACAUCAACAUCGUUGCGGUGAACGACCCCUUCGUGCCCACGGAAUACAUGAACUACAUGUUCAAGUACGACACUGUGCACGGCAUCUACGACGGGACUGUGGAGAACGACGACAGCAACCUCAUCGUAGACGGCAAGAAGAUCAAGGUGUUCGGCGAGAUGGACGCGUCCAAGAUCAAGUUCGGUGACGUGGGUGCGGACGUGGUCGUGGAGAGCACCGGCAUCUUCACCUCCAAGGAGGGUGCCGGCGUUCACCUUAAGGGCGGCGCCAAGAAGGUGGUGAUCAGCGCCCCCUCCGGAGACGCGCCCAUGUUCGUGAUGGGCGUCAACCACGACAAGUACACCCCGGACAUGGACGUCGUGUCCAACGCCUCCUGCACCACCAACUGCCUUGCCCCCAUGGCCAAGGUGAUCAACGACACGUUCGGUCUUAAGGAGGGUCUCAUGACCACCGUGCACGCCGUCACGGCCACCCAGAAGACCGUAGACGGACCGUCCAAGAAGGACUGGAGGGGCGGAAGGGGAGCCGGGUUCAACAUCAUCCCUUCGGGAACAGGUGCCGCCAAGGCUGUGGGUGUCGUCAUCCCGGAGCUCAACGGCAAGCUGACCGGCAUGUUUUUCCGCGUGCCAACGGCGGAUGUGUCCGUUGUGGACUUGACGUGCCGCCUGACGAAGGGCGCCAGCUACGAUUUUUUUCUGGCCGCCAUGAAGGAUGGUUACACGGAGGAUGCGGUAGUGUCCUCUGACUUCAUCGGUGACUCUCGAUCGUCCAUCUUCGACGCCACGGCCGGCAUCGCCCUCACUGACGACUUCGUCAAGCUCGUGUCGUGGUACGACAACGAAUGGGGUUACUCCAACCGUGUGUUGGACCUCAUCACUCACAUGGACAAGUCCUCCUAAGCGCUCGCCCCUCAGAAACGCGUGGGGAAUGUUAAGGGGAUCGUUGUCGGAGAUCGACCUUUGUCGGAGAUCAGCCGUUGUCGUCUGAGAUAGCACCGGUUAUCGGCCAAGCGCAUGCGGGAGUCCUAAUAUAAUAUAUUUAGAUGGCAUUUUAUUGCCGGAGGGACAUUUUGCAUGCUUCACCAGUGGGUUUUCGAUGGCACUCCUGUCGAUAUAUAAAGUUUUGAUGGAUCGGUAUCUAGCGCCGUUGACGUCCUUAAAAAGCUGUUGUUCAAUACGUGGUAUACACAUGUGGUUUCUUUGUUUAUCCGCGUUGAACCGGCCCCACAUUUUGGGCCAUUUUUGUCAUCGCCUGGGUUUCCGCUUGAAUCGCAGGCGUUUUUCGCAGCUUUUAGAAGGAAAGGACGUUGGUUGUCUUAGUGGCGCGGCCACUGUUGCCGUUCUUACAAAAUGUGUUUUUUUCUCAGCCUUUCUGGGUAUGCCGGGGAAUGGCUCGGUCAACACGCCAAAACCAACAUGACGUGUGCUCGGGGCGUACCCCAGUUUCGGGCGGAUGCCCGUCCCUAAUCGCCGGAUUUUGAAACCUCUACACCCCUGAUGGGGAUAGGCUUUGUGUGUCCUUUACCCUCUGCGAGGAGACAGUACUGCCUUAGCCACCGUCAAACACGCGUACGAUG